UGUGACGUUUGACGCUAAUACAAACGAGUACGCGUGUGAGUUUUAGUGCAGAAAAUCGGAGCUGCUCCAUCACACAGUUGUGGACGUGUCGUGAAUGAAUGACAAAACCCAAAGACUGUCACCAGCAUCACAAUGGCACCAUCAAAGUUGGAACAGAAGCCAGAGCCUGGUGACUUGAUUGAAAUAUUUCGUGGUGGUUAUCAACACUGGGCAAUUUAUGUCGGUGAAGGUUACGUCAUUCACCUGGCACCACCCUCUGAGUAUGCUGGAGCCGGUCCAAACAGCAUUAUGUCAGUGAUGUGUGAUCAGGCCCUGGUAAAGAAGGAACUGCUUUCGGAUGUGGUGGGCAAUGACCGUUAUGAGAUCAACAACAUGCGAGACGAUAAAUAUGAGCCUCGUUCCAUUCCUGUCAUCCUUAAGGAGGCACACAGCCUUGUGGGUAAGAAGCUGCCCUACUGCGUGGCCAGAGCAAACUGUGAGCAUUUUGUCACCGAGUUGAGAUACGGGAAGGCCGAGUCGCGACAGGUGCGGCGAGUUGUACAGGUUGGAGCGGUGGUGGGUUUUGCUACGACGAUUGUUUUGGGAGCUGCUGCUCUUUAUUCAUCCAUUACUAACUCAAGAGACAAGGAGAAGAAGAGCACAGAGUGAACCCUCAGCUGGGAAGGAGCUAAAAGAAUGAUCGCUGGCAGGCCUUUCAAAGCUAAUCCAAAGCUUAUACAAUAAACACGUGGAAAGAACACACGUUUUGUACAAAACAUGCAGUUUUGUAGUAACCACAAAUAUUUUGUAGUAACCACUUAAUAUUUAGUCAAUUACAAAGGAAUCUUACCUCCUCUGCUACGUUUGGCUAGUAAUUUACUGACGAUCUGGAUAAACUGACCACAGGCAACAGUUUGGAUAAAUAGUCAGAAUUUUUACUCAUCUGUUCUUAUUUGUAUGUAAAUAAUUGUACUGUUUUGUAACAUCUUAAAAAAUAUUAAAAGUGUGGUGGUU